AUGAGAAAAAUUAUUUAUUAAAAACAAUAAUAAUCACAACAAGGAAUAUCAAACAAAGAAACAAGAUCUAUUUCAUCCGUGCAUUCUCGAGGAAUCAGUCAAUCUAAUUACAUAUUAACUUCCAGGCAAACUCCUUCAAAAUUUGUAAUUAAAAAACAUAUACCAAAAUCUGAUGUUCCAAGCCUAAAAAUCAUUAAAAAUUAAACACACAGCUAAUUUAAGCAUGAUAAUAUUAGCAUUCAAGAUGGAUAUAGUCCUGGAAUUUAUUCUCAAAGAACUUCAAGUCAAUAUUAACAAAAUCUUAAUAGUUACAUGUCUUCAAAAAGAUCAAUUUACAAAUCAUGUAUUUAUUCAUUUUUACAAGCAUAAGAAUAAAAACAAAAUUAUGAUUCCCAAGUUUAAAUUUAUAAUAAAGCCUUGAAUUAAAUGACUUAUAGAAAUGAUUAAAAAGAACUCAUGGAUUUUGAUAAUAGAUAUUAUAGAUGUGCAAGAUUGAGAAGACUAAGGGAAAUCAUCUAGUUCUUAUUAAAAAAGUCAAAAGAAUUACAAAUUUCCUUGCAGGAUCUUAUUGAUAAUAAAAUUACUUAAAAUAAGCCUUAUUAGCAAUAAGGAUCUUUUGCAUUUUUAUUUUAUGUAAAAAAAGGAGUAACAGACAAAGUCGAAGAGAUGUUGGGAGUAAACCCUUUGUAUGUACAUGAUUUUGAUGAAAAAAACAUGACUGCAUUACACACAGCAACCAAGAAACAAUCAUAUAUAAUGAUUAAAAUAUUACUGUCAUAUGGUGCAAACAUUUUGAGCAAAGAUUUGAAUGGAGAAUCUGCUCUAUCACAUGCAAUUCAAUCUAAUCAAUAAGAUGUUGUGAAGGUAAGCAUUCUAAGUUAAUCUAGCUUUUUCUAUCUAUAUAAUGCCCAAAUGACCUUGAGUAUUUAAAUUACUCAAAAAUGGCCAAAAAAAAUAAAUAAAUUAAAUGGUUGCUUAAAAAUGCUAAGCUUCAAGAAUUAAGAAAUAGAUGCUCAAAAUUAAAUUAAUUUAAUAUAAGUAAUAAUAAUUUGCUAUAAAAUUAUUGA